AUGAAGGCUGGACUGUUGGCUGCCGUUGCCUUUGACCUUGUGGCCCGUGUGCAAACCCAAGUUGGUGGAAGCAUCUGCACCUGGGCACCCAACUACAACUGCUACCAAGGCGGUUGGCCGGAGUGUUGCAGCGAAGGAUCAGGCGAAUCUUGCCCAACUGCUGAGCAGCCACCAUGUGAAAUUACCGGAGGCUCUUACUGUACUUGGGCUCCCAACUAUGGAUGCUUUUCAGGUGGAUGGCCGGCUUGUUGCGAUAGUGAUCCUUCAACUUGUCCCGAGACCCGUCCUGGCUGCGAUGCUGUAACCGGUUCUUCCUAUUGCACCAAUGCCCCAGAUCAUGAUUGCUGGAGCGGUGGAUGGCCAGAGUGUUGCUUAACUGAGGGUGAGGCAUGCCCAGAAGAGCAACCUGCUUGCACCAUUCUUGGAGCGAGUUAUUGCACGUAUGCUCCCAACUACAAAUGCUGGACAGGAGGCUGGCCCCCAUGCUGCUCAGUCGAUGCGGCCUCUUGCCCCGAAACGGCUUCAGAUUGUGAUGUCGAGCUGACAGGGGCGUCCUACUGUACCAAUGCACCUGAUUACAGUUGCUACAUUGGCGGAUGGCCCGGCUGUUGCUCACAGAACGAAACUGCUUGCACGGACACAGCACCCUCCUGUGAGAUUUCUGGGUCUGAUUUCCAAAGUGUGCCUUUGACUCCUUCAGGCAGCUCGCCAAAUACAACUGAGGACGACGCUCCAGCGGAUGGUGCUACCGAUGCCCCGCCGGCUCUAUCUAGUGGUGCUACCGAUGCCCCGGCUCCAGCUGAUGGUGCUACCGAUGCUCCUGCUGACUCGCCUUCUUCUGGGGCCGUUUCCACAACGGCCAGCAAUACAAUCUUGACCGCUGUGCCCAUGCUCAUUUCUUGGAUGGUAACGUUCUCCGCUAGCUUGUGA